AUGAACCCCCACCCGGGCCACCCUCUCCCCCCUCGAGACUUACCCAGCAUGCCUCACUGCCCCCCCGGCUUCUCCCUGGACCCCCGCCUGCACCACCCGCCCAUGGUCGGACUCCACCGCCCCCCGAAACCCCACAGGGACCUCAACCCUCAGGAGCAACUCGAGCUGCGACGCAAAAUCAACAGCCGCGAGCGAAAACGAAUGCAGGACCUGAACGUUGCCAUGGACGCUUUACGAGAGGUCAUGGUACCCUACGCGACGAACCCAACUUCUCAAACGCCCGGGAGAAGAUUGUCCAAAAUUUCGACUUUAGUUCUGGCGAGAAAUUACAUCUUGCUUUUGGGAUCUUCAUUACAAGAGAUGCGGCGUUUGUUAGGAGAGGUUAGUACCGUUGGCGUGACUUCGGCUCCCAUACCCAGGUUGUUGCUGACAGGUGGCUGCUGGCCCGUGGUGUCCAAUCCGGCGCAAAUUCUGCUAACUCAAGAGGCUUUCAUCGCGCAGUCGUCCAGCAUCGCUUCGUCCAAUGGGAAAUGUCCAGUGGUGGCGCCCCCAUCUGGUCAGGUAGAGGCCAUGGUUGUCCCGGGACAGUGGGGGAGCUCAGGGGGGAGCCUUUGUCCCUGCGGCGUGUGCAGACUGCCCAGGUUUAGUCACGCAACGUCGCCAACGAGAUUUCCAAAGUAG